AUGGAUUAUUCAGCCACAAGCAAAUCAGCUUUGAAUUGGGCAAUCAAUAACCUGAUUGAAGAGUGUGACAGGAUUAUUGUAAUCCAUGUUGUUUCUCCCAAAGCUGAUCCUACCAAUAAGCAGCUUUUUGAAGAUACUGGGUCACCUUUGAUACCUUUGGAAGAAUUGAAGGAGAUAAAUGUAUCAAAACACUAUGGGCUCACCCCUGAUCCUGAGGUUCUUGAUAUGCUUGUUGCAGUCUCCAAGACCAAAAAAGUGAAAGUUGAGGCAAAGGUGUAUUGGGGGGAUGCAAGGGAGAAGUUGUGCGAUGCAGCAGAACAACUCCACCUUGACUCGCUUGUUGUUGGGAGCAGGGGUUUGGGUGUCAUUAAAAGGUAA